CAGAUUUUAAGAAAACGCACACGAAGCAUGGCGGCCGGGAUUCCCGAGACUCGGAGGUGUCUGUCGGUGACGAAAAGCAGAUAGAUGCUUGUCUGCAAGGUGGUCAUUAGCGCACAACAAUGGGAGAACGUGGACGGGGAGCGUGGCGUGGUAGUAUCAAAAACUAAAAUCAAGGACAUCAAACUGUUUCGCGCUUUCCUCCCCCCCCACCUCCUCUCUCUUUAAAAUAAAAAGAGCAGACGCCGUGAAAGUUACACAUUUGCGACCGCUGGCGUGCAGACGACGGGGGAGUGGAGGGGACUUGUUGUUGUGAAAAUGAGGAUUUGUCUUUUAAGUGUUGCAUGGUUCAGUGUUGGUAACGUUCCUUUUAAAAUAAAGCGCCUCCCCACUAUCUGUGAGAGGGAUCCAAGCUCGACUCUGCCGAGCUGGAUGCCUGGCAUCGCAGUGGAAAUCGCAAUAUUGUUACGGGAAAGUACGCUGGCAUUUCGGGGGACUUUUUUUUUUUACCAAAGUGUUUUAAACAGACGAGGAUCUUUGAUUCUCGCGUGGUGACGUCAGGGCGAGAGGUUUGAUGGAUACAGUUACCCUGAACCGUCUCGGCUAUCGAUGGUAGCGUGCGCGACACCUUUGAGGCUGAAACGUGUAGGUUUUGCCGUUUGUGCAUUCAUCCAUUGAGCUCCGGGGAGAUGAAAGAAUAUGCCAGCCGAACGCCGCGACGCAUUGUCUUUGUUUUCUAAAUGUUGCACGAACCUUUGGAGAUGUUUGGUUUUCAUAAAUCGAAGAUCUAUCGCAGCCACGAAGGCUGUUGCAUUUGUAAGACGAAGUCGUCCAGCUCUCGCUUCACAGACAGCGGUCGGUACGAAGAAAACUUCAGACUCUGCUUUGGGCUGAUGGAAGAUCGGACGGGAGAUAUAUGUAAUGCUUGCGUCCUGUUAGUGAAGCGCUGGAAGAAACUUCCCCUGGGCUCCAAAAAGAACUGGAAUCACGUGGUCGAUGCGAGAGCAGGGCCUGGCUUCAAGAUGACCAAACCCAAGAAGAUGAAAAGCGGCGACGGCAGCAAAAAGAAACUCAAGAAGCUUCACAAGUUCAAGAGGCAAAAUUCGGAUGCUCACAGCACCACGUCCAGUGCCUCGCCCUCCCAGUCGCCCAGUUACAGCAACCAGUCCGACGAGGGCUCCGACAUCGAGUCCAAACAGAGGCACUCCUCCCCAUCCGUGUUCUCGUUCAUCGACCUCUCUUACUGGAAAAGGCAAAAGGUGUGCUGUGGCAUCAUUUACAAGGGGCGCUUCGGCGAAGUCAUGAUCGACCCCCGCCUCUUCAAGCCCUGCUGCAGCUCCAAGAAGCCGGAGCCGCCGGCGGCGCCGGAGGAGACCGGGCCGGGCCUGAAAGAGGAAGACGAGGAAAGGUGGUGAUGAGGGCCCGGUGUGGCUCGGCCCAGCUGUCCGGUCCUGACCUCAGUUCUCGUCUCCGGUGACCCCUUUCCUCUCCCCGCCCCCCCGUCCCCAUUAUUUAGUUAAGUGUAUAUCAGUUACCCAGGUAAAUUGUUUCUUUAUUGUCUUUUGUACAUUAGUUUUCUGAUGUAUCUUUUUUUAAAAAAAGAAAAAAAAAGCCAAAAAAAGGCCGUUUUUUAAACUAUGGGCAUUAGUAAAAUAUUUAUAGGAUCAGGAGGCGUGAUUAUAUAAGGCCUUAACAGCCAGAUUAUUCGGUUUUUCUUUUUUAUGUAUUUCAUUCAAAGACUGUAAAAAAUCAUUUUUUUAUUGCUAGUAUCUGCAUAUGUAAAUAGUGUUCAGAUUUUAUACUGGCAUCUUGACUGCCCUUUUCUAGUCUUGUUUGGUUUCUUAAGUGCAGUCUGGAUUAAAAAAAAAAAACAAACAUUUACUUUAUAUUUUGAUAUGCAAAAUAAAACACAAGGUCUUUCGAACCAGUGCAGUAAAGUGGUGGAAUACGUCUGCGUUCACAGGAUGCUGUGUGGCAUGUUGUGAGAACCCCUUUCUCUAUUCCUCAUUGAACUGCAACAUUAAUUUUGGACAGCUGGUUGACUCAAGAUGUUUCUUGAAAUGUAUGGAACGGCAGUCCUGAAAUGGUAUACUUCUUGGGAAGCCCGAAUAAUGUGUCUUUUAUCAGGAGAUCUAAUCAGAGUCAUUGUUUGAGCUGUACCUACCUGAUUUGGAACAGCCAUGACCCAAGCUCGACCCCGCGAUCACAGACCUCAGCCUGGGUUCAGGGGAGCGCCUUUUACCCACUGAGCCACUCUGGAGACCUAAGAGUGUUUUAGCUGGAAAAGAGAUGUUGGCGCCUCAGUUUAGCAGCUAAUGGGCACAAUAGUGUGGCCUCUUACGCUUGUGCCCAACAAACAAUAUAAAGAGGUGACAGUGGUCUGUGGCUGAUGCACACUUCACGUCACUGCCUUGAUCAGGAGGGAGGUCAACCCAUGUUCAUGUCAAAUGGUUUUGCUAGCAUAAACAGGCAUAAAAGCGAAUUGAGGUAUUUCCAGUAAAACCCAGUCCAUUAAUGUAUGGAUGCAUCUCCAUUACAUUGAAUUGCAGGCUGGCACAUUCAUUUACUAGUUUACAUUGAAUAAAGGAAUACUUUUUUUCCUUCUGCUUUUCAGCACACAAUAUGGUGCUGUAUUCGCAGGUGUACAGUUAUUUUUGACCCACUGGGUUCUAAUAUGCAAUGAACUAUUUUGUAACUCAGUACAGGAAAUAAACAUCUCAGAAUGAGUAUCGUCUUCCAUGAGCUCUAUUAAGUAUAGGUUCUAGGGCAGAAAUUAUGAACUUGUACUGUAAAGCAAGUGAACUUUUUUGUUUUGCAAAUCACAAAACUUUAUAUGCAAUUGAGCUUAACCAUAGUCAAGUAAAUGCUGGGUUGUUUCCCAACAAAAAAUGGGAAAGUUUUUUUUCCCUGAAAAGAUUACAUUUCCACAUUGGUGUGAAAGGCCUUAUCUGUAGGUAAGACGGAGCAGUUCCAAAGCUCAGAAUUAUGCCACCAAACCAUACUUGUAGGGUUGCAUCUUGAACUGUUAAUUUCCGGUUGCUUUGUAGCCUUUAACUAGGAGUAUUGAAAGGACAGCUUUGUGCUGAGGACUAGUCUUCCAAGUAGUUCAGCUCUCAGUGGACUUCUGUUCUGCAACAGAUAACAGGAGCAAUACGAUAUCCUAGGAUAUACUGGCAACGUAUGUGACUGGUACUGUUGCAAACACUUUGGUCUUUUAUACUACUGAUCUUUUAAGACCUUGGUGCAUUUGCUGCUUGUGCUGUAGAAGAAAAAGAACUGCCUAACUGAAAUUGUGGAUUGCAGUUUAAUUUCUAGUCUGGCUCAGAAUUCUGCAUGUUUACAGAAACCUGAUUUCUUUGCAUCUUUGUCUUCCGCCUGGUUUGUGUUAAUGCACCAUUUGGGUAUUUCAGUGAAAAUAGUUUGCUUGAGAUAAAGUUGACCACCUUUUUUGGUGUUGUUUUUUUUCCAGAUUUUUAAAAACAGCAAGUUUGUGUAGCUGCGUGUGAAGCAGAAUGUUUCCAAAUGUCACAGCUGUCCUUUUGAUGUGUGAAACCAUUUUUUUAAAUAAGUUGUACUGUGGCCAAGAAAAUGCACCUGUUAACAGGGAAGUAUUUGAAAGGUCAGGGUGUUGUACAUCUUAAAGAGUCAAGUAUUUCACAAGUAACAUGACAUUGGUUUUACCACAUGGAAACAUCAUUUUCGAAGAACUAUAACACCAAAAGAUGAAAACCAAAAAUGUACUAUAAUUCAGUUUCAGAUUUUUAGUAAAUCCAGAUUAAAACAUUAAGACAUGUAUGUAGUUCAGCUGUUUUGCAUUAUAUGCAUCUUAACUGACAUUUAAAAUAUCUACUGUGCUUUUAACCAUUCAUUAUUCACAUUUUCAAAGUCAUGAAUUGUACUGAAUGUUUGUUGUACUGUCCGUGUAAAGUAAAAUGUGCUGAAGUUUUUUUUUUCCAACUUGAGAGGUGGUUCACUAAAUGUGCUCCCCCCCACUACCAAUACAUCUCGUGUUCAUUUCCAACAGAUUCUUGAGAAUCUGUAAUAUUUCCCAGGUUUUCACUGAAGUGCAGGAAACCACUUUACCUGAAGAUGGCGCCUUUGAGUUCCCGUAGUACUUGUUUCGUACUGAAUGAAAUAGGGGACUUAACCGCAGACAUCCUUCAACGACGAGAGAGAGCUAUGUAAAUAAAUUAGGAUGGGGUGCCCCCUCUGCUUUUAAUUAACAACAAAGCCCUGUUGGUUUCAUUAAGUGUAGAAUUGGAUUUAUCCUGGACCGACUGAAUCCUAAUAAAAUGAUUGAAGAGCAAUUGCUUUCUUAAAGCCUAUUCCCUCUAAAUUUGCGUGCUACUGUGUAAACCCACUGAGGUGGUUGGGACUGCUGCCUCAACACUCUUGGCUCCCGCGUUUGAUUUUGGACGAGGAUGCUGUCUGUGUGGAGUUUGCGCAUUCUUCCCGUGUUUGUGUAGAUGUUCUCCUGGUGCUGCAGUUUCCUUCCACCUCACAAAAACAUGCUUGAGGUUAGUUUGGUGUGUCUCUUUGUGGGUGCCCUGUGAGGGACACCCCUAUUUGGUUCGGCCAUGUGCCCUGUGCUUCUGGGGCAGAUUCUGGGUUGAGAUGAACCUUGCCAGGAAUAAUGGGCUUUCAGAUAUUGGACGUAUCCAGUGAAGUUGUAUUUCCAAGACUUGCCACAGCUGGCCAUGUUUUUUGUCACUCGGACAUCUUAAAAAAUCGCCUUGUAUUGAUCAUCUACCAAACAGAUUUUCUAUAAAGAUUCUCUUCAGGCUGAUUUUUCUCUCAUCUUGGUUAAGGUCAUUUAUUUAUUUGUUUUGCAUUUCAGCAGUGCAUAAAACACUAUUUUUGUUUCUCUUUCUUGUGUUCUGCAAUGUCAGAGAACUGUGUCCUUUAUUCAGUAUCAUCAUGUAUCCGUGAUAAGAUUAAAGAACUUUUCAGAUUUUUUUUAUUUUCAUUAAAACGUUUGAAGUAGGAUAAUUGUUGAACGAUGUCAAACAAGUGAUGGAAUGAUCUGUUUUUGCUUACUACAUGGGAAAAAAUACCAAAUCAAAAAUCACAAUUUAGUAUUUGUAAGUCGAGGAAACUGCUAUUUUUAUGAAAAGGGUACAUAAUCAUUUGAAGUGUGCCUUUGUAAGAACUGGUGAAAUUCUGCAAGGGAAUUUAGGUUUAAUUAAGCGUCUAAGUCUCCAGUCUAAUUUAUUUAAUUUAUUUUGCAUAAGCUUUCUGUAUUCACCUGAUGCUGUAAAAUGACUGUUUGAAAAUCAUUUUAUUUUUGUGCACUUUUUGGAUUUUUUUACCAACUGUUAAAUUGAAUGCUAUUUUAUAUAUCUCUACUGUAUUACUUCUGUAUUUUAAUAAAAUAUUAAAAAUG